AUGGACAAGAAGAAAAAGCUCGUGCCACCGACGGCGAUUCCGGCCGCGGUCCUCUACUCGGCCAUGGGCUACGUGGAGUCGCAGGAGGACGUGGCGGCCUUGCUCAUGGCGGUGCCACCGGCCGAGCUCUGCGCGCCGCUGGCCGCACUGCGCACCUUCAUGACGACGCCCAUGGCGUUUGACGGCCAGUGGCCGACGGUGGACAUGAGCGCCGUUUCGCAAGAUCACUUGGACCUCGUCUACGUCGCACUGCCUGCGAUCCCAGGUUUGCUUCUGCCGCCGAGACACAGUGUGCUCGACCGUCACCUCCCGGCCCUCCUCGCCGCCUUGCCGUCCAAGCUCAAGAUGGUCGACACGAAAGACGUGGCGUGGUUUGACGAGCCCGAGUUUAGAGGCAUUGUGCCCUUGUGCACGCAGCUCUCGGAAGUCUACGCUGACGUGUUUCACCUCCGCACGACGCUGCUGCCGCCCAGCCCAUUGGCGCAGCACCUCGAGGCAGGGCGCGUCACACACCUUAUGCUCCACGCCUUGAGCUCGGCAGCCAGCGCAAACGCCUUGGCGAGCAUUCUCGCGGCGGCCACGUCGGUCACAACCCUGGGCUUGAACGCCUCGGAGGCGCUUAUCAAUUUGGGCAAACCGCUGCACCACGUGGAGGCGGUGCAGCUCUACGUGGAGCCCGCACUCUUCCGCGGCGACAUCCGUGACUUUAUGGCUCUCCUCGAUCUCGCCAAAGUCAACUAUCUCGACGCCAGUGGCUUUGAGAACCUCAACUGGCUUGUCCCGUUCCUCGGCCAGAUGUCGCUCCUCGAAGAGCUGGUGUUGACGUACGGCGCUUUCUCGGUAACACCGGACGCGCUCAUGGACACUCCGCUGCCGAGCUUGAACUUGCUGACCGUGCAUCUCGUGACGAUGGACGCAGUCAGUUUUGAGACUUUUCGUCUCUGGGCGUCCAAGCUGCGCAACUUGCGCGAGGCCCACUGGCUCAACAUUAUCAACCUUCCGUCGAGUGGGUUUGAGCUCUCCCAAGAAGACAUUGCCGGGCAGACGGACCGCCUCUCGGUGCUCUCAACUCGCUCGUUCAAGCGGCAGCACAUCUUGGCCUUGCUGACGCCGUUGCUCUACGUCCGGCGCCGCGUGCAACCCCUAACAAGGGUCAUGUUCGACCUCGAAUCCAGCGCCAUCAACCCCAGCACCCUCCGCGUCACCGACAUCACGGCGCUUUUGGACGCAGUGCAAGGUCGCCCGGACGUCGCGCUCGCAUUGCGUGCGAGUGCUGACGACGAGGCUGCCAUUGCAGCCUACGCGGAGGCGAAGCACGUCGAGAUGGUGGUCGACCGUCGUCUCGAGCUUCUCGACUGCCGCUUCCGCGCUCUCUAGAGCGCUUUCUUAUUAUACUAUGCACGGUAGCAACGAGGCCCAUCGUUCUUUUGGG